GUCAAAAAUAUGAAAGAAAUGUCAAUUGUCAAUCUUGCUUGGUGAUCUUGUUGGAAAAUGAUGCCGGCAAUGGCGAAACUACAGUUUUGUGUUUUAUUUUUAGUUUAUGUGGCUUCACAAUGCGGUGGUGCAAAUGUAGACGUAGUUUCCAGUGCUAUAACUGUAAAGAACGUGGAUCGAACCAUCGAUAUCUCGUCUCAGCUUGUAAAAAUUAAUUCGAAAAUAACCUUUGAAAAUACAGGCAAAUCGCCGGUUAAAAGCUUCCUUUUAGCGGUAGAGAGCUCAAGCAAAUCAAAAUUAGCUUUCAUUGGUGGUAAGGACAGCAACAACAAAGAUCUCCGCCUCGUCGAGACUACUGUGAAAGGUUAUGACAAUGCCAAGUUUUGGCGUGUCGACUUGAAAGAAUCCAUCAAUGCUGGUUCCACGGCGUCUGCAGUUGUUGAAACUGUGUAUAGCAAAGCGUUGCAGCCAUACCCAACAGCGAUAACACAACAAGAAGAACAGUUGGUGAAGUAUAUCGGCAACUUAUACUUCUACUCUCCAUAUCCAGUUACAUCUCAGAAAACUAACGUAAUAUUGAAUACAAAGACGGUCGAGAACUUUACUAAAGUCAAACCAUUCUCACAGUUAGAUGGCACGAUCGCAUACGGACCAUAUACCAAUACUGCUGCGUUUACAGAGAAAGAACUGCUCGUCCACUAUAAGAACAACUCCCCAUUUUUGACUGUUACACGUUUGGAGAGAUUAAUUGAGGUUUCACACUGGGGUAACAUUGCUGUGGAGGAGACAAUUGAAAUUGAACACACGGGUGCCAAGCUUAAAGGUCCAUUCUCCAGAUAUGACUACCAACAAGACCACCACAGUGGCCCAGCCAGUGUGCGAUCAUAUAAAACCUUGUUACCAGCAUCAGCCUCAGAUGUCUACUACAGAGAUACUAACGGUAACAUUUCUACCUCCAACAUGAAAGUGAAGAAAGACUCUGUUGAACUGGACUUGAGACCCAGAUAUCCCUUAUUUGGUGGUUGGCGAUCACACUACACACUCGGAUACAAUGUACCAAGCUAUGAGUACUUGUACUAUUCUGGCAAUGAGUAUUUACUGAAGAUGAGAGCAGUUGACCAUGUUUUUGAUGAUAUGCAAAUAGAUGAAUUGGUCACAAAGGUUAUUCUGCCUGAAGGAACAACAAAUAUAAAGGUCAACUUCCCAUUCUCAGUGACCAAGCUUCCGGACAGUUUACACUACACAUAUUUAGAUACUAAAGGUCGCCCUGUCAUCACUUUCUCUAAGAACAACAUUGUAGAGAAUCACAUACAAGAUUUUCAGCUUCGCUACACAUUCCCACGUAUUCUAAUGUUACAGGAGCCUCUAUUAGUUGUAGGUUUCCUAUUUGCCUUAUUCUUGUGUGUUAUUAUUUAUAUGAGAUUAGAUUUCUCUAUCCAUAAGUCUGAACAUCCUCACAAGGAUUAAAACCUUUUCCAAAAAGGGCGAUAUUCAAACACUAAAUUGCAUUUUUAGUUGCACAAAAUUUCAUUUUAACAUUUAUAUAACACUAGCGGAUGCCCACAACUUCUUUAAUCUGGCCCUAUUGCAAAAUCUGUUCUUAGUGGAUACCUAGUAACUAUAUACUACCUCCCUGCCAAAUUUAUCGUUGUACGUCAAGCGUUUUUCGAGAUUUUGUGAUGAGUGACCUUUCGCAUUUAUACAUUAAGAUAUUACGAAAUAACUUUGCUUUGUAUCCAGUAGAAAAAAGCUAGACAUACCGAACUAUUAACUGACUUGUUAAAAAUCCUUUGUGCUAUCUAGAUGCAAUAUUUGUGCAAAUUUCGCCCUUCUUGGUCAAAUGCUUAGUAUAAUUAAUUAUUAUGUAAGUCUACCCUGAAGCUAUGUGAUAUCUCAUUACAUCUUAUUAAAUAACAUUGCAUUUCAGUCCUAUAAUUUUGUUUAGACAAUAAUAAAAAUGGGUAGUGUAUCACAGUUUGCAUGGGUUUACAGUUUUGAAAUAAAAUUGCACUUAUUUUAAUAUUUUUAAUUUAAAUGUUGAGAAUAAAAAUAUCAUAUAAUUUAAA